GCUGUGUAGUCAAUGAAACUUACUAUGCACCUGGAACUGUCAUUCCAUCAGGCCCCUGUGAAGAAUGCACCUGCUCUGAAUCCUCUUUCUCAAGCCCUCACCAUGGUACCGUCAAGUGUGAGCCUGUUAUCUGUGACACGUACUGCCCAGCCGGUUAUAAGUAUACAAAGGAACCUGGACAAUGCUGCGGCACAUGCAAGGCAGUGGCUUGUAUAGUGACCAUGGGAGAUAUUACACAUGUGCUCCAAGUUGGAGAAUUCUGGAACCCACCUGAUCAUAACUGUACAGUUUAUACAUGUGAAAAUUAUGAUGACCAGUUCAUUCUAGUCAUCUUACAGAAAAAGUGUCCUCUCUUCAACCCUGAUGAAUGUAAUCCAGAUGACAUCAAGCUAUCUGACGAUGGCUGCUGUAAAGAGUGCCGAGUAAAACAGAAGAGUUGUAUGAAGCACAAUACUACUACUGUCAUCAAGUAUCAUGGAUGUGAAUCUCCUGCACCUAUUGAGAUGACAUACUGUGAAGGCAGCUGUGAUGCUUACUCACGAUAUUCUCCAGAGGCGAACACGAUGGAACAUAAAUGUUCGUGUUGUCAGGAAAUCAAAACCAGCCAAAGGAAGGUGACUCUGACAUGCAGUGACGGAACCUACCUUGAUCACUCAUACACCUAUGUGGAGAAAUGCAGUUGUGUGAGCACUGAGUGCAUUCCCCAAGUCAGCACCCAACAGGCAACAAACCAGCCAAAGACCUCUCAGGAACAAGUGAAGGUCUAAAAUUAGAACUAGAGAGAAGUCGUC